CUUGUUCCUACCAAAGGUAUAAUUGAAGAAAGCAAAACAUGAUUGCAAUUUGUUCAAAGUUAGUGGCAUUGCUAUAUUUGUAUUGUAUUACUAACAUUAUUCCAUUUAAUUUAUUUUGCUGUCCCAGAUGAAAUCCAGAGAACACGGCCUUAAUUUCUCUGACUGGCCUACACUGAAGCUUGUCAUGAUUGGGGUGAGAGAAGCUGGAAAAAGUGCCGCUGGUAAUGCUAUUCUGGGCAAAAAAGCAUUUGAUGAAGUUGGUGUUAAAACCAAAGUGAGUGUCUCUGGUAAGGGUCUGGGACAAGGGAUACAGUUAUUGGUGGUUGACACACCAGGCUGGGAAUGGUUCAACAUCCGUGGCACCUCUGCAUCAACAUGGACUCUUAAGGAGGAGAUUAUUAGAAGUAUGAGUCUGUGCCAACCUGGUGCCCAUGCCCUGCUGUUGGUUGUGCCACUGUCAUUCUCGUUCUCCAAGAGUGAACGCUGUGCCAUCGAAGAGCAUGUACAACUAUUUGGCCCAGAAGCCUGGAAUUAUAGUUUGGUGCUCUUCACCAUCCAAGACAGAAAGCAGUUGCGGGGUUCCAGCGUGACCCAGGAAGUGGAGGAGAAUGAGGAGCUCCACAGGCUGGUUGAGAAAUGCGGAGGCCGUUUCCAUCCUCUGUACAGCACACCUCAACGAGGAGAUAACCAGGUUGCUAAACUUCUGACUAAGAUCAAAAAUAUUGUGGCUAGUAAUGGAGAUGUGGUGCUCUCCAGCGAGAAGAUACUUAAACGGGCCCAGGAAUCAGAGAUAUGAGGAGAGAAGAGAUGAAGAAGAGGGAAACAAACAAACAAACAAACGGAUUUGAAUAAUAGGAGAGGGAAAAGCAAGGACAACAGGAUUAAAUCAGACCCACACAUGCUACACCUCAAAAAGCCUCAAGAGGGCAUCAUUUCUCUCCUGUACUAUCGGAUCAGGAU